AUGCCAGAAUCUCCCUUUCUGCUCUUACCCCCCGAGCUCCGCCUCCAAAUCUACUCCUACGUCCUUGACAUUCCGACCCCCUACACAACCCUAACGCAACAUAGCAAACCUCUGAUCGUGAUAAACGACACAGGCAACAAAUACACUACGCGCGCAAUUUACCGCUCGCUGCACAUCUCUCCAAAUUGGGUCGGAAUCAGCAAGAGUGAAGGCCCAAAUGAACGAAGUAAAACGCUCUCUCUCCUAUCUGUCAACCGCCAGAUCCACGCAGAGGUCGAACACUUUCUCUACACUUCACACACGCUCUUCUUCCUCAAUGGCUUUGACCUAGAUCAUCUAGGCGAGUUCCUGGAUACGCUCUCUGCUACGGCGAGAUCGUGCAUCCGGUCUAUCGGGUUCGAGGUUUACUUGUUCGUGCAUAAUACUCCCGGACCAGUCAAACGGGGUUUCCGGCAGUACGAGCGUGCCGCGAGAGUUGUCAGAGAGAAGCUGCCGAAUCUGAGGGGCGUGGUGUUUUACUUUGACCCGUGGUUUUUAGCCUGUUGUGGAGAUGCUGGUUUUGGGCCAUGGUGUGACGAGAGAAGUGUGCUGGCUACGGGGGUUAGGUAUCUGCUCAAAGUGUUCGGAGGCAUUGAGCCCAGGGAUAAAGACAACGACAAGUUAAGGGCUAGGGUCGAAAUGGAUUUGCACUUUUUGCCGUCAAGUGCGACGUUCAAGGUUCCUGGGUUGGAGCAAGGGCAUGCAAAGAGCUUGGUUAAGGUGAGCUGAUCUGGGGUAGAGCAGUGGUCUAUACCAAGAACACAAUGUGUUGAUACUGAUCGUUGAACGCGACCUCAGGCUGUUCGCAACCGGCUCCAUGACUUGCAUAACCAGUGCCAGUGAUCAAGGAAAUUGGUGACUUUCACGAGUACUGUCACGGGAAACGAACCGAUCCCUACCUGAUU